AUGCGCUCGGCAACUCUUGCACUCGCGGCCUUGUUUGGCACGGCUACGGCCCAUUACACCUUUCCGGCCUUGAUCUACCAAGGAAAGACGACUGCUGACUGGGCAAACGUUCGCGAGACCAACAACCACAACUCUCUUGGCCCGGUCACCGACGUGACAUCCCAAGACUUGCGCUGCUACACUUCUGCCACCAAUGCGACAGCGAGCACCCUCAACGUCCAGGCCGGGAAAGAGAUCAGCUUCCAAGUCGGCGAUGGGUUGACGAUCUAUCACCAAGGAGUUGUGAACGUCUACAUGGCGAAGGUCCCGUCGGGAUCUGACGCUUCCAGCUUUGCCGGUGACGGCGACGUUUGGUUCAAGGUGUUUGAGAUACCAGCCGUCACGAACGGCGGUAGUUCGAUCUCUUUCCCUGCACAAGAUGUUCCGAGCGUCAACUUCACGCUUCCCGCAGCACUUCCCAGCGGCCAAUACCUCGUGCGCAUGGAGGCUAUCGCGCUGCACGUUGCUUCUACGUUCGGCGGAGCGCAGUUCUACAUUGCUUGUGGACAGCUUGAUGUCACCGGCGGCGGCUCUGGGACGCCUGGUCCCCUUGUUGCUAUUCCAGGUGUUUAUACCGGUAACGAGCCCGGCAUUCUCAUUGACAUCUACUACCCCAUUCCGGCGACUUACACCCAGCCCGGCCCUGCUGUAUGGUCCGGAUGA